CAAAAAUGCAUUUCCCAAUCAUUAGCUAACAUGUGGAAGCUGUUCGCUUGACUGUCAAAUUCUACCAAAUGCUUGCUAAAAACAUAUUUUACGUUUAUCACUGGACAGUUAGCUAUCAACCCAUCUGAAGAUAUCUGGAUUUUGCGUGUACAAUACUUAACUUUAUUCUUCAGCCUAAUCAUUCAAAGUGGAUUGGUAGCUAAAUUGUUGGUUAACGUUAGCUAGCAUGUCCUCGAAGUCGUUUCUCAAUUGUUUACAGUACUAGCCGAGUCAGUGGGUCAGUCAAGUCAUCUGUAGAUCGCUAAUUAACGUAAGAGCAUUAUCAUGUCAGCUUGCAAGCGUUUGCUUUACAUUGUAAAACACAGAGGGAUAUGGCCAUCGAUAUGGAGGAGAAAUGUCACCACUUGGUCACCUGUAGGAGCUGCCUUCAAUGCCAAACCUCACAGAAGACUUGAGUUGUUUGAAAAAAAUGUGGGCUUGUUUGGAGUCCCAGAGCUGAGCUCCCCUGCUGGCUUCGAGGUGACCACUAAAAGGGCUCUGAAGGACACACAGGAGCUGGUGGAUAAAGUCUGCAGCAGCCCUCCUGGAGCUGUUACUGUGGAGACUUUUGACCAACUCUCAGACGGCUUGUGCAAAGUAGCAGACCUGGCUGACUUUGUGAAAGUGGCACAUCCGGACCCGUCCUUCCGUGAGGCAGCAGAGAAGACAUGUAUAGAGAUCGGCACAGUUGUAGAAAAACUCAACACCAAUGUUGACCUUUGUAGAAGUUUAAAGAAUUUGUUGGAUAACAAAGAAGUUUUAGCUCAGUUGGACCCAGAAACAAGGAAAGUGGCUGAGCUGUUCAUGUUUGACUUUGCGAUCAGUGGAAUUCAUCUGGAUGAAAAACUGCGGAAAGAGGCUGUCAAGCUUCACGUCAAGCUCUUGGAUCUAAACAAUGAGUUUCUUAUGGGCUCUCACCUCCCAAACAGAAUAGCAAAGUCGGCUAUACCUGAGCACAUUCAUUGCCACUUUGCAACGGAGGGCAGUUUCAUUCAGAUUGGGGGUCUACACGCUGAGUCCUCUAAUGACCUGGUUCGGGAGGUUGCCUAUAGGAUUUUCCUCUACCCAAAUGCAGAUCUGAUGGAGUGUCUGGAAGAGCUGUUGAAGUGCAGGAACAAACUGGCCAAACUGGUGGGAUAUGAGUCUUACGCACACAGAGCUUUACAGGGAACCAUGGCCAAAACCCCAGAGACAGUGAUGAACUUCCUCCAGCUACUGACGGACAAACUCUCAGAAAGAACCGCAAUAGACUUUGAGAUGAUUAAAGACAUGAAGACAAAACUCAACCCCCUUAAUGCGGAGCUUAUGCCAUGGGAUCCUCCAUACUUCAGUGGUGUGUUGCGUGCUGAAAGGUACAACAUUGAGCCCAGCCUCUACAGCCCCUACUUCUCCCUGGGGUCUUGUAUGGAGGGCCUGAACAGCCUCUUCACCAAGCUCUAUGGAGUCUCUAUCAUGUCUGAACAUCCAAGUGCAGGAGAGGUGUGGAAUGAUGAUGUCCGCAAACUGGCUGUAGUUCAUGAGACAGAGGGGUUGCUGGGAUACAUCUACUGUGACUUCUUCCACAGAGCAAAUAAACCUCACCAGGACUGCCACUUCACCAUCCGUGGUGGGCGGCAGUGCCAGGAGAGCGGACAGUACCAGCUGCCUGUAGUGGUGCUGAUGCUGAGCCUGCCCCAUCCCACCAAGAGCGCCCCCACCCUGCUCACGCCGAGCAUGAUGGAGAACCUGUUCCACGAGAUGGGUCAUGCCAUGCACUCCAUGCUAGGCCGCACACGCUACCAACACAUCACAGGAACCAGAUGUGCCACUGACUUUGCUGAGGUCCCCUCUAUUCUCAUGGAGUACUUUGCCACUGAUUAUCGUGUAGUGAACCAAUUUGCCCGCCAUUAUCAAACAGGACAGCCUCUGCCUCAGAGCAUGGUGGCUCGCCUGUGUGAGUCCAAAAAGGUGUGUGGUGCGGCAGACACUCAACUACAGAUUUUCUACUCUGCUCUGGAUCAAAUGUAUCAUGGAAAACCCCAAAACCGAUCAACGACUGAUAUCUUAAAGGACAUGCAGCAUAAAUUCUACGGCCUAUCGUACACACCAAACACGGCAUGGCAGCUGAGAUUCAGCCACCUCAUUGGCUACGGGGCCAAGUACUACUCCUAUCUCAUGUCCCGCGCUGUGGCCUCCAUGGUGUGGAAACAGUGUUUUGUUCAGGAUCCUUUAAACAGGGACAUGGGAGAGCGCUACCGUAGGGAGAUGCUUGCCCAUGGGGGAGGGAAGGAGCCCAUGCUCAUGGUGGAAGGAAUGCCAAACUUAAAGCCAUGGCCUUAUGUAUGACAAGCCACAAAGAGACAGGGAACCACCAACCCACUGGGCACAUACGUCAGUUCAACGUCUAGUUUUGAAAUCAACAAAAAAUGGUAAGGUAAGGUGAAAGAAAUACAAAAUUCUCUUACAUUGAUACAUUUUUUUCAAAUCAGUUAUCCACAUUGAUUCAACAUCAUCAUAUUCCUUUUUUGGGGUUGAAAUGAUGUGGAAACAAUGUUGAUUCAACCAGUUUUUGCCAAGUGGGAAGUAUGAAUGGCCCCUUCUGAAAACUAAUGGUGACCCCAUCUGCAUACAUCAUUUGUGAAACUUUGGAGAUUUUGACUGGAAUGACUUCCCAUUGCCGAAGAGGUAUGAGCCCUCCACAACCAAGAGUUUGUCUUAGGCUAAACAGAUCUUCCUAUCAUAAAUACAGCCAACACCCCUUUUAGUGUUGCAAGAAAAACAAACUAGCAUUGCUAUGCAGUUGUGGUUUUAUACAUUUGCAAGGAUACAUGAUUACGGCAGUGGUGAGGAGUUUUGUUGCUCUGAGCAUAAACACGUCACAUGUCAAGUCUUGAUUGGCUCUUGAGUGACUUUGUUUUGGUGGAGUUGAUUUGAAGGGUUGACCGCUCUCAUUUGGCAUGCGUUGGUUUGCAACUCAAUCUAGAUCAUUUCCUGCAUGCUGCUAAUGCUGUACUUUUUUUUACAGUCAGUGGUUAGGAGACAUGGCUAGGACCUUUGAAGUGAGGAAAGUAGAAGGAAAGGUUGAGAUAAAGUUGUCUGAAUGUAACAAAUUGAGAGAAAUUAGGAUGGAUAUCAGUUGGGUCAUGAGUUUUAGGGUCUUGAGUAGCCCUGGCCACAUGCCCUAUCUCUAGGAAAACUGUCACAGUUGUAUGAAGAGUGCAUUGUCUUUCAACAGGCUGACCUGCACGCUUGUGGAAUUUGCAUCGGAUUGCUUCAAACAAAAUUGAACUGACUUCCUUUUGUGUAUGCUGUGAAAUCCUGGUUUGAGAUAUGGCCAAGCACGGCUCCAACACCAUCAUUAAGUUUUCAGACGACGAUGAGACAGCCUAUAGGUCGGAGGUCAGAGACCUGGCCAUGUAGUGCCAAGAUAACAACCUCUCCCUCAAUGUGAUCAAGACAAAGGAGAUGAUUGUGGACUACAGAAAAAGGAGGACAGAUCACGCCCCCAUUCUCAUCAACGGGGCUGUAUUGGAGCAGGUUGGGAGCUUCAAAUUCAUUGGUGUGUACAUCACCAACAAACUAUCAUGGUCCAAACACACUAAGACAGUCGUGAAGAGGGCACAUCAACGCCUAUUCCCCCUCAGGAGACUGAAUCGAUUUGGCAUGGGUCCUCAGAUCCUCAAAAAGUUCUACAGCUGCACCAACGAGAGCAUCCUGACUGAUUGCAUCAUCGCCUGGUAUGGCAACUGCUCGGCCUCCGACUUCAAGGCACUACAGAGUGCAGUGCGUACGGCUCAGUACAUCACUGGGGCCAAGCUUCUUGCCAUCCAGGACCUCUAUAUCAGGCGGUGUCAGAGGAAAGCCCAAAAAAUUGCUAAAGACUCCAGCCUCCCCAGUCAUAGAAUGUUCUCUCUGCUACCGCAUGACAAGCGGUACCGGAGCUCCAAGUCUAGGUCCAAAAGGCUUCUUAGCAGAUUCUACCCCCAAGCCAUAAGACUCCUGAACAACUAAUCAAAUGGCUACCCGGGCAAUUUGCAUUGUCCCACCCAAUCUGCCAUUUUUACGCUGCUGCUACUCUCUGUUUAUUAUCCAUGCAUAGUCACUUUACAUCUACCUACAUGUGCAUAUUACCUCAAUUACCUUGACUAACCGGUGCCCCCGCAUAUUGACUCAGUACCAGUACCCUCUGUAUAUAGCCUCGCUACUGUUAUUUUAUUGUUGGUCCUUAAUUAUUAGUUUAUUUUUUGUAUUUUUUUACUUCAGUUUAUUUUAGUAAAUACUUAACCAACAAUGCAGUUUUAAGAAAAAAAACGGUUAAGUGCUUGUAAGUAAGCAUUUCACAUUUAGAAUUGAUUUGAUAUGAAGUGCCAAAAAAUAUUUAUCUGACUGUUAAGCUUCCAACUUAUAUAAAAGGAAUGUCAGUGGAUAGAACAAAAAACAGCUUAUAGCCAAAGCAAUCUCAUUUUUUUACUUUGCUCCAGAAACUGGCUGGGAGACUGAAGUGCCAUCCUACACAGCUGCAGCUUAGCCCAGGGCCAGUAUGGCUAGAAUGAUCUGCCCUUUAAGUUUUCACCACCGUCCACAAGAUAAAACCGGAGGAAGAGAUUAUGAAGACUUUCAAACAUUUGGAAGCAUUCCACUGAGACUCCCUGUAGUAACUACCAGCUUUGCUCUCUCUGGGACACAAUGGCCAUUUUGUUUCAUGGCCUCUGCAAUCAAAAUGGCAAGCCAGACAGACAGACAGACAGACAGACAGACAGGCAGGCAGGCAGGCAGGCAGGCAGGCAGGCAGGCAGGCAGACAGACAGACAGACAGACAGGCAGGCAGACAGACAGACAGGCAGGCAGACAGACAGACAGACAGACAGACAGACAGACAGACAGACAGACAGACAGACAGACAGAGCUUAGAUGUCCCAAGGCCCAUGUUCAGUCAUGUUUAGUCAUAUGUAGACUCUCUUACUAAUACUGCAUGCUUUAUAGUUAUUGCUUGAAAAUAAAUAUUUUGGUCGUAAUGGUAGUAAUAAAACUACCUCAUAUUGGGGGUGGGACACAGCUUUACAUACUACAUUUGAGCAAACAUUUUUACAUCUCCAGGAAGAGCAAAUGUAAACUGAGUUUGUGAGUUCAAGUUGUCUGAUAUCCUGGAGACGUCUUCAUUUAUCUAACAGAGGGGUGCUAGACCUGGCUGGACGGCUCAUACACACAGGCUGCCAAACCUUCUCAAGGAACAGCUGUGGCCUCCACAAGCAUCAGGAAGUCACACUCAAUUACCAAAGGUAUAAGUUAGCUAACCCACUCUCUCUGUGUGAGUGCCGAAAAUCAUAAGGCUAUACUUAACCACUGGUAAUGGCCGGAAAAAGGUGGCUAACGAGAUGUAGUAGUGGCCUACUGUGUCACGUUCUGACCUUAGUUCUUUUGUUAUGUCUUUGUUUUAGUAUGGUCAGGGCGUGAGUUGGGUGGGUAGUCUAUGUUCCUUUUUCUAUGUUGUGGUUUUGUGUUUGGCCUGGUAUGGUUCUCAAACAGAGGCAGGUGUCGUUCGUUGUCUCUGAUUGAGAAUCAUACUUAGGUAGCCUUUUCCCACCUGUGUGGUGUGGGUGAUUAUUUUCUGUUUAGUGUGUUUUGCACCUGACGGAGCUGUUUCGGUUGUGCUUUUUGUUUCUUUGUUUGAUAGUGUUCCGUUUAAAUAAAUAACAUGAACAAGUACCAC